AUGCCGGUACAAUCAAAAGAGGACCCGUUGAUGGUUCUGUACAACUACUAUCUGAACCUGCUUCGAUCUCGAUUCCGCCAAACACCCAAAUCUAUCAAACUCGCAGCUACAUCGACACUUGUUAUCUCGAUACUAUUCACAAGCUACGGCGGUUAUAAAUGGUGGCAGGACACAUCGAAAGAGAAGGCCCGGGGCCGGAGACUUGUAAGGAAGAACAGUGGUUUGAGAGGAAAAGAUGGAGAGCGCAUCAUCUAUGUGCCCAAAGGCGAUACUACCUCCAAAGUCAUCAUCCAUCCUACGCGGCCGACCACGUUCGAUGCCCAUCGCCGGCUGUUCCUUACCCCUCCGCGAGUCACUCGGAUGGGAAGCGGUGCGUCGACACCGGCAUAUGGACCACCUCCACAAACAAAGCCUGGCCUCAAUUUGGCUUUCCUGCAUCAGUUCCUGAGUCUGUUGAAUAUCAUGAUACCCCGGUUUCGAAGCAAAGAGACGGCGUUGCUUUUGAGUCAUGCCGUGUUUCUCAUCCUGAGGACAUACUUGUCUCUCGUUGUGGCCAGAUUGGACGGCGCCAUUGUUCGAGAUCUUGUCGCCGGCCAAGGGAAACCUUUCAUCUUGGGCAUACUCCGAUGGCUAUCCGUCGGCACUUUGGCUUCCUACACUAACGCCAUGAUCAAAUUCCUCCAAUCCAAGAUUUCCAUUGCUUUCCGAACAAGACUUACUCGGUACAUCCACGACUUGUACCUCAAUUCAAAUCUGAACUAUUACAAGCUCACCAACCUCGAUGGCGGAGUCGGUCAAGGCGCAGACCAGUUCAUUACACAAGAUCUUACACUGUUUUGUACAUCCGCAGCGUCACUAUAUUCAUCUUUGGGAAAACCGCUUGUCGACAUCUUCGUCUUCAACUACCAGCUCUAUCGAUCCCUUGGUCCGCUUGCUCUGACAGGCUUGUUGUCCAACUACUUCGCAACAGCGACUCUCCUCCGCAGACUCUCUCCGCCCUUCGGAAAACUGAAGGCCGUCGAAGCCAGGAAAGAAGGUGAGUUCCGUGGUCUCCACGCACGCCUAAUCGCCAAUGCCGAAGAAGUCGCCUUCUAUGGAGGCGCCGAGGUGGAGAAGGUGUAUCUGAAUAAAGCAUUCAGGGAGCUGCGGACCUGGAUGGAGGGAAUCUACAAUGUCAAAGUCCGGUAUAACAUGCUCGAAGACUUUGUCCUCAAAUAUUCCUGGUCGGCUUUCGGUUAUAUCAUCACCUCCAUACCCGUGUAUCUUCCAGCCUGGGCGGGAAUGACUGCCGUUUUGCAAUCAACUGACUCUGACGGCCCGGAGAUCUUGGAAAAAUCUCGAGAAAGAUCGCACAUGAAAGACUUCAUCACCAACAAGAGACUCAUGUUGUCACUGGCAGAUGCUGGUGGCCGGAUGAUGUACAGCAUUAAAGAUCUUUCCGAACUGGCAGGAUACACUUCGCGGGUCUAUCAGCUCAUCUCAACGCUCCACCGGGUCCACGCCAGUGCUUAUGCCCCUUCCCAUCGCCGCAGUCCUGGUCGGGUUGAACUAUAUUCGCUGGCGGACGUCCAAGGAACGACCUACCUUGGAUACGAUGGCGUACGAAUGGAAGAUGUUCCAAUCGUCGCGCCCGCACUCUGGCCGUAUGGAGGGGAUGAACUAAUCGAGUCACUUUCGUUCGUCGUGCACAACGGCGAACAUCUCCUCAUUUCCGGCCCAAAUGGCGCAGGCAAAUCAUCCAUUGCACGCAUCAUUGCCGGUCUUUGGCCUGUCUACCGCGGACUGGUAUCCCGACCACGCAACACCGGCCAAGACGGUAUCAUGUUUCUUCCUCAACGCCCAUAUUUGAGCGUGGGUACGUUGCGAGACCAGGUCAUUUAUCCUCACACGGAACUGGACAUGCGAGAUAACGCGCGACGAGACAGCGAGUUAGAACAGAUCCUGGAAGACGCGAAACUCGGACAUCUCCUGGCACGCGAAGGCGGAUGGGACACGCGCAAAGAAUGGAAAGAUGUGCUGUCCGGCGGUGAAAAGCAGCGCAUGGGAAUAGCAAGACUGCUUUACCAUGAACCGAAAUACGCCUUCCUCGACGAAGGCACUUCCGCCGUAUCUUCAGACGUCGAAGAUCUGUUGUACGAGCGCUGUAAAGAGAGAGGCAUCACUGUCAUCACGAUAUCCACGCGGGCCAGUCUUCGCAAGUACCACACUUUCAAUCUUGUCCUUGGUCUAGGCGAGGAGGGCUACGAUUGGGAAAUGGUACGGAUUGGGACGGAACAGGAGAAAUUGGGCCUCGAGAAGGAGAUCGGCGAGCUGAAGGAAAGACUUGCCAAAGUGGAGGAAUGGGAUAGGCGGAAGAAGGAGAUUGAAGAGGAGCUCGGUCGUGUUUUGGUGGUCGAUCAGGAGGACGAACUGGAGAAGCCAGCAUAUCUUGAUCAGCGGGCGGAGGGUGAUCCACAAGCUGCUGUUUGA